AUGGAUAAUUUACCAGCUGAAUUACUUUUGGAUAUUUUGGGAAGGAUUACAAGCACUGCUGAUAGAAACUCUGUAUCCCUAACUUGCAAGCGCUUCCACAAAUUGGAUAAUGUGCUAAGAAUAUCUAUGCGCGUAGGCUGUGGUUUACAUCCUGUCUGCGAUGCAUUAACUGCUCUAUGCAACAGAUUCUCUAACUUGGAGAAACUGGAAAUUAUUUACUCUGGUUGGAUGUCUAAGUUAGGGAAACAAUUGGACGAUAACGGCCUUCUCAUCCUUUCAAGUCGCUGCCCUCUUCUGAAGGACCUCACAUUAAGUUAUUGUACUUUCAUAACAGAUGCUGGUCUCAGUUACUUGGCUUCUUGUUUGAAACUUACAUCCUUGAAGUUGAACUUUGCUCCGAGAAUUACCGGUUGUGGCAUCUUGUCUCUUGUUGCGGGCUGCAAAUCCCUCAGUGUUCUUCACCUGAUUAGAUGUCUGAAUGUUGGUAGUAUGGAGUGGCUAGAAUAUCUCGGAAAACAUGAAAUGCUUGAAGAUCUCUGCAUCAAGAAUUGUAGGGUGAUUGGAGAAGGUGAUUUGAUUAAGCUUGGACCUACUUGGAGAAAAUUGAAGAGACUGCAAUUUGAGGUUGAUGCCAACUACAGAUACAUGAAGCUUUAUGACCGUUUGUCAGUUGACCGGUGGCAAAAGCAAUGGGUCCCAUCUGAGAACAUGCUUGAACUUAGCUUAGUGAACUGUGUUAUCAGCCCCGGGAGAGGGCUUGCAUGCGUAAUAGGGAAGUGCAAGAAUUUGGAAAAGAUUCACUUAGACAUGUGUGUUGGGGUAAGGGACUGUGACAUAGUAUGUUUGGCCCAAAAAUCAAGCAACCUUCGAUCAAUCUCUCUCCGGGUCCCAUCAGACUUCUCCCUUCCUCUGUUACAGAACAAUCCGUUGCGGUUAACAGAUGAAAGUCUAAAGGCGGUGGCUCAGAAUUGCUCCCUGCUUGAUACGGUUAGGUUGUCUUUCUCUGACGGGGAAUUCCCCUCGUUUUCUUCCUUUACAUUAAAUGGAAUACUUAUGUUAAUACAAAUGUGUCCAAUAAGAGAACUUUCUCUUGACCAUGUGUAUUCUUUUAAUGAUGUUGGAAUGCAAGCUCUUUGUUCAGCACAAUAUCUCCAAAUCUUGGAACUUGUAAGGUGCCAAGAAAUCACGGAUGAGGGCUUGCAGCUUGCUGGUCAAAUUCCUCAAUUGUGUAUAUUACGGUUGAGGAAGUGUUUGGGAGUGACUGAUGAUGGGUUAAAGCCUCUUGUUGGGUCUUACAAGUUAGAGUUGUUGGUUGUGGAGGAUUGUCCACAGAUAUCAGAAAGGGGUGUUCAAGAAGCUGCAAAGUCGGUCACCUUCAAGCAAGAUUUGUCAUGGAUGUACUAAGCUUUUCCAUUUAUAGAUAUUUUACCAGAUGUUGUAAAGGUUAGGUUGUGCUGUCAAUUCGACUUGUUGUACAGUCACUCAUUUCUUUUUGUUUCAUAACAAUUCUGUAAUCUGUAUCACAAAGUUCCCUUUUUUCCGCAUGUUGCAUAAUAAAUGUUAAUCCGAGUGUCUCUUCCAUUCUC